CAAUCUCCACGCUCGCUCAUCUGCACAUACACUCGUUCGCCUCAGGCAUCCACACUCUCUUCAAAUAUCCAAGAUGCGUUCCACAUCCGCUAUCCUCCUCCUCACAACUCUCCUCGCGCCCUUCGUGGCUGCCGACCUGCACUCCGACGCGGUGUGCAUUGACACCAAGGGCGGUGUAUCCGUCUACAACGAAGCCGCGACAAAGGCAGCAUGCGGAAACUACAAAGUACGAAACACUGGAAACAAGCAAUGGGAUCAGUGCCCAGACUGUGAGAUGAGGGUGAUUGGCAACUUGAACGUCUGCCAUUCUGAUGGGUGGCACAUUGGUGGUGACGAGAUCAACUACUACUGCAACAAGAUCAAUGGUGCUGGAGGCUCGUUGGCGAACUAGGUGUGGACGAGAUCGGUCGUCGUUAGCUGAGAUAAUGCAAUGAUUAUUGUCAAUUCUAGCACUUUUUCC